AAGAGUACACCACUUGAGCUUGAGUAGCAGCAGUUGCACUGGCUAGCUACCUAGCUACGGGUGCAGCAGCUCAGUCGCGAUGGCUCACGCCCUGGGCAUCCACUCACUUGUCCUCCUCCUCCUCCUGGCCUCUUCGUCGGCGUCUAAUGACAUCGUGCUUGGCCGGAAGGCCGGCGCGGCUGUGGAGGCACGGCCAGCACCGGGGAAGUACGCGGUGAUCAUGGAUGCCGGCAGCACUGGCACCCGCGUCCACGUCUUCAGGUUCGACAAGAGGAUGGAGCUCGUCGACGUUGGCGACGACAUUGAGGUCUUCGCCACGGUGAAUCCGGGACUGAGCUCGUACGCCGGACGGCCACAGGACGCUGCCAACUCCAUCAUGCCUCUGCUUGAGAAGGCCAACACCGCUGUGCCUCGGUCACUCAUGAAGAGAACACCCAUUAAACUUGGGGCGACCGCUGGACUUAGACUCAUAGGAGACGAGCAGGCGGAGCAAAUUCUUGAAGCGGUCAGGAGUGUUGUCCACACCAAGAGCAAGUUUCAGUACAAUCCUAGUUGGAUCAAUGUGCUCGAGGGAUCUCAGGAAGGAUCUUACUUAUGGGUUGCUCUAAACUAUCUGUUGGAUAAAUUGGGAGGAGAGUACGCCAAUACAGUAGGUGUGAUUGACCUUGGAGGCGGAUCCGUGCAAAUGGCAUAUGCCAUUUCUGCAGAUGCUGCUGCUGCCGCUCCUGUGGUUAAGGAUCCGUAUGUUACCAAAGAGUAUCUCAAAGGAAGAGAUUACAAUGUCUAUGCUCACAGGUUACUCGUUGGACCCUCAGAAUAUCAUUGCUUAUUUUAUUUACAUCGAGAUUAAAUGUUACAAGGCCCU